UAUACUCGAGGAGGGUGAAAAAACAUGAGUUUUGACCCGCUAUUAAAAACGGCACUUCUUCGUUCUCUCGUCUUUUGGCUACUUGGCUCGAUUAGUGCUCUGCUGUUUGUUGUGGUUGAGUACAAGGAAAAGGAUGACAAAGAAGAAAAAUACGAGUUAUUGUUAGCUCUGUAUGAGUUGCUGGAGUCUAAAUACAAUAUGAGCAUUGACGAGUUCAACAAUAUUUCGAAAACAGCACACGAGGCCUUGAGCGAGCCUAAACCACAAUGGAUCUAUUAUGACGCAAUAGUGUUCAUAUUCCACGCCUGGACAACGAUCGGUUAUGGCAACAUUACCCCAGAGACGUUAAUAGGCCAAGUGAUGUGCAUUUUUAUCUCUUUACUUGGAAUUCCCGUCACUUUGCUUAUGUUAAAAUCAAUGGGCGAGCUCAUUGCCAAAUGGGUGAACACAAUCAUCACAAAGUUCGAAAAGAAAUUCCUAAAGAAUCAGCAACCACGACAUAUGCAGAUCAAGACUGCAAUGGUCUUGUUCUCGAUUAUGGUACUUUCAAUUCUUACAGCCGGUUUUUUAUCGAUGCGUCUCCACAACUGGUCUAUCGUUGAAAGUGUUUACUUCUGGUUUGUGACAUUUACCACAAUCGGAUUUGGAGACUACGUUCUAAGGGAGCCCCGGCAGAUUACACACCUUUCUCUGAACAUUUCUGUAAAUGAAGAGAAAAAAAGAAGCACAGGUAAAAUUAUUGCUGUUCUUGUCGGUUCGUCUUCUGUGUUAAUAGCGUUAUGCAUUGUCUCAAGUGUAAUCAGCUCUAUCAUGGCUGUCAUGGAUAAACGGAGAUGCCAUCCUCUUUGUCCUGGAUGGUUCUCUCCAAAAACUCAGGACCAUGCAGAGAAAGAGGAAAGGGAAUCUUAUGAGAGACAUGAAAAUAAUACCGUGUUUUCAUCCUUUGGAGCUCAUGCUUUUCAAAAGAAAGCUAACUUCGUAUCUUUCUCGGAAACCGAAAUGAAGUGACCGCCACUAGUGACGUAUAAUCUUACAGGAGAGGUCUGAGUGUUGAAGUUUUAUCUAAGGUAGUCGUGCUGAUUUUGCAUGCAAAAUUGUUUUGUAAACCAAGAUUUUAAAGGAUGGAGGAAUGUAAAAAAUGAGCGUAUUGAUGUCCACAAAUUUGUGACUUUAGUUCAGAGAUAUUCGCGUCUCUGGCAUCAUACUAAAUACAAGUGAAAGAGUUUCAGCAAGCGGUUGUAUCUUAAACUUAAAGACAGAAGACAAGUAGUACACCGGAAUCGCAUGAUAAGAGCUUAAAAGUGCCAUCACGGCAAAGUAAAGACAGCAACAGUUCUUUUGGAUACUGUGUGCCAGAUAGCACAAAAUAUCAUCAUACAUGAAGUCACUCACUGUAUUUUUAAGCUCAUUAUUACAAUUAAGAAAAAGAUAUAAGAUAAAUUAUUAUAGUUUGAAUCGAGUCCUAAGAUGCUCACUAACCCCUCACCAGCCAUUACUCAAUUCACAAAUUAGAAUAACAAAACUGAUGUAAUAGCUAUAAAAGAAGACUGGCUCAGCUGCUGUAGGUUUUUCAACCUUUUAAUGUCGGAUAUAGCUAUUCCUGCUAUAUCUGCUCCGUUUAGUGCGCAAAUAGAAGGUUUGUUGUAAGUUUGCAACAUGCUGGUAGCAUUCACGUUUUCCUUUUCCAGGGAAUGAUACGCCUGUCACUAGCUGUUUUCCUUUCAAUUUCAGACUCGCAAAGGUUCAGUGGCAUGACGCAAAGCAACUUAGAUUAGCUUAACUGUUUUGUAUUGCAUUAAAUAAGGAAAUGUCUAUCAACCAGUUACAUCAAGGACAGUACAUUUUUUUUUAUAAACAAAGAGACAGGAAAAAGCCACGUCGAGGCUUGCUUGGGAUUGGAAAAACAUGAUCACCGUUGUUUGUAGUGGUUUAAAGUGGAAAUGGCUUUUCUUGGUAUU